UGAAAUGGGUCCUAACAACGUUUGGGACUUGAAAACAAACUCACGAGGCACUCAGACAGACCUGGUUGCUGAAAGAACCAUCUCAGAAUGCCUUACGGAGUUAAAAUCCUCAGCAGAAUUCCAAGAUCUGACGUACAGGCUCAGCAGAUCUCACCAGGAUGAACUGUGCCUUCUUAUCACACGCGAGAAGAUGUUAGGUCUCCUAGGCAUGCCUGUUGACCCUGUCACAGUCUGCAUCACAGCCAGUGGCGUCUGUAGUCUGAAUGUUAUUUUUUUGCCCAUUGAUACCCAUAACAUCAUGCACAACGGGCAGAUUUCUCUCAAACUGUUCCGCAACAUCCUUCGCAAGCUGAAUGGAAGAGCAGGCUAUGGAUUUUGCCCUGGCUUUAAGGUGGAAGACUUCCCCAAAGACUUUCCUUUUAGUAAGUAUGGGCUGAAGGUCCUUCAGCAGCCAUUCAUGCGGGUUCAGGCAAAAGGAUGUCCAGUUUUUUAUCAGUGUCAGAAGCUUCGUGCCACUGUGCAGCCACUGGGCUUGGAACUCUGCCCCAUCUGCUGGAAGGCUGCUGCUGGCUACAAGAGCUCCUUAGAGAGUCCAGAUGCUGAGAUGAAGGUUCCAGCAACACAGAAAGGUUCCCAGCAUUACGCAGUAACCUCAUUUGCAAAUUCUCCAAGCAUGUCUGAGCAUAUGGCUGGACUUCAUAAUGGAACAGCAUCAGUAAUAAAGAGUGAAAUUGGUGGUUCAGUUAAAGAGGAAAGAAAGCAGAAUUGCUUACAGUUGAAUGAAAAUGUUAAACCUUCCUCAUCAGUUUCUCACUGCAAGACAUCACGAAAACAUUCACAAUCUCUCAGAAAGGAAUCAGUGACAUCUGUAUUGGACUGUCAAAGUUAUGAAAAAAAUCCAGCCAGUAAUCCCUUGUCUGUAGGAGACACAUCAGUGCCUUCUGCAGCUACAUCCUUGGAUGUGGAAAGUGAACAAAGCUCAUCUAUGUCACUGACGGCAGCCAGAGAUAAGAGCAAGAAAGAUUUUCAGCAAGCGUCGGAGGCGACUGGCAGUCAUAGACUAGUUCUUUCAGCCCGAAUCAAACCUUUUCAAACAUCCCAGAAUUUGCCGUCAGAUGUGGAUAGAGAUAUUCAUGAAAUUGUUCUUGCAGACACUAAUGCCAAGCUCAGUCUUUGUCAGAAACAAGCACAGAUCAAUUCAUCAGCAAGUUCAGGGGAUGUGGAGAUGAUUGCCCAUCGUGAAUCAGAGGCAUCUGGCGAAAUUGUUUUGUCGCCUUACAGUUCUCCUCUGCCACUAUGCAUUGAUGAAGAUGCAGAUGAUAACUGAAGAACCAGAUUUGAAGCGUUCUUGCUUGCGGUGCUCUGCAUGUCAGGAGUCUUCACAUCAUCAGCGGAGCUCAGUGAUCAUUGUGUCAACUGCAGCCAGCAUACCAAGACAGAGCACUAGAAUCGGCAGUCACCAUCACUGCCACAGCUGAUACCAAAUCGGAAGAUGCCCCACCAACAGUGACAAUUGUGAAAACUGCAGACUUAGCACUUGCACCGCAGUCUCAGUCCAAAAUUUGCCCCAUUUGCCAGCAGGGAUUUUCUAUAUAAGCAUGAUCUUGAGAACCACCUGGUGCAAAAACAUAGGGCUAAGCUUCACCCUUGUCGUUACUGUGGCCAAAAGUUUGCACUUAGAAGCAACUUGUCCGCCCAUCUGCAGCACCACAGAGGCAGUGCUGACUUGAAGUGCAAGGAAUGUGGGGCCAAAUUUGUAGGGAAGAAGGCGUUUGCUGCCCAUGUGAAAACUCACAUGGGUAGCUACCCCUAUUUUUGCACCCUCUGCUCUAGAUUUUUUGGUAAUGUCAGCAGCUAUGAAAAACACAUGGAUCGACAUAAGAUGCGCCGACCUGUUAACAUGCUUGCAGGGAGUGUGAGAAUGGUGCAUGGCAUUUUAGGUAAAGCGAAAAGAUGUCUUGAAGAGAAAGUUCAGAUGAGUCUGUCUAGUAGCUUGACUGCAAGCAGCGAGAGUAGUCUGCCUACACUUGCAAACCUUGGAGAAAACGAACAAGGUGUUGUAAAUUCUGCAGAAGACAAGGUAGAAUCUGGUGAAAGAAAGGACUGUAACCAAGUAGAUAUAAUCAGAAGUAUGAAUCACACUGUUUCAAGUCCUGCAGAAGGUUUGUCAGGAAGUUCUCUGCCACAACCAAACACAGGCAUCUGUGCAUCAUCUCAAGACUGCUUGAGUGGUAUGUUCACAGCAUCCCAGUCCCCUGUCGAGCAAGGAAUUGCAGCUUCAGCUAAUUUACAGCUCCUGUCUGCUGUAAGUCUUGCCCAAGCAGAACUUGAUGGCCACAUUCCUUUAAGUGGUUCUCAAAAAGAGGCUCGAUUGCAACCAGAUUUAACUGAGAUCAGUAUUAUUGACAACUCUGCUGAAAAAAGCGUUGUUCCAAAGACAAACAGUACUUCAUCAUCUACCUCAUCACUGUCACCUACAACAUUUACCAACCCCAGGUCACAGCAGCGAGUCAUCAUGUCACUGAGCAAGCAGGAAACAGAGCAGAUGAUGCAGUUGGGAGCCCUGGACCCGCUAGAAAGUGGAGGAAGGGUCACAAUAGAGAAUCUUCCCUCGACAUUACGAGAAAGAAUUAAACAGGCUAUAGCCACUGGGGAAAGUUCUGGCAUUUCAUCCAGACAGGAAGAACCUGCUGCAGCUCCAGCCUCUGGUACCAGAGCUUUAGCUGCCUCUCCUCAGAGCAGCAGCUCAACACCUGUCUUCGAAUUAAACUUUAGCAGUUGUUCUGAAAACAGAGAUGUUGCACACAGAGGCAGACAGGAAUUGCAGGGAUGGGCCCUGGAUGGAGAUUUGUUGAAAGGAAAGACUAGCAGUGGGGAGCAAGGCCCCAUCAUUCAUAAACAAGGAAGUGAACUUCUACAGAGACUUGUUGCACCACCACUGUUACCCAUGGAGAUCCAGGAAGCAGACAACCUGCUCAAGCUGCCCUUAGAGCCCCUGAGUCUUUAACUGCUCAUACAUUGGCUGGCCAAAAUCUGCAAGAUGAGCAGAGCAAGACCAUUAAGAUGAGGACAGCAGCUGACCUUAGCCAGCCAGCCCAAGGUGGUGAGCAGGAGAGAGAUGCUCAAGGGAACACAACCAACAAAGCAGAAUUGUCCAGACAAGAGCAGUAUGAGAAGCAAAGGAAGGAUCACACAGCCGAAAAGGAUAGAGCCAUUCUUAACAAGCUGCUGAUAGCACAGCUUCUACAGCGCAAACAGAGGCUUGGAAAUGAAGGAGAGGCAAACUUGCCAGGGGAAAUAACAGUUAGCAGACACCUGGUGAGAGACAUGUUGGCAGCUCUAAACACAGCUGGUGGGUCAGCAGCUGCUGAACUACCACCUGUCUUUCGACAGCCCUUGCCUGGAUCUGCUCUUGGUGGUCACAAAUUAAGAUCCCCAUUUCCUUCUUCAGCUUCAGGCAUUCGGAUGUCAUGCCCACCUGUGGGAAUGAGACCUUCGGGACAAUCUGCCAGCCAAACUGUUGGUUCAGAAGCAUGUCAUACCCGAAAGCCUGGAGCAGAUGAUAUCACAAAACUGCCUUCUCCUCAGUUGAUUCAUGGCAGUGCCACUAAAGUCAAUGGUCCCAACAACAAAGAACCCCCUCAGCCAUCCUUUUCAAAUAUUACCUCAAAUUUAUCUAAACCCACAGAUGUAAGCUUGGUCCCUGCUGGGGGUAGAUCAGUCAACAGCCAGACAGGGCUACAGUCUUCCAGAGACAGUUUGCCGCAAGUAUCAGUUUUCAGUGAUGGAUCAAUGCUAGAGCAGAUGAUGAAACUGGAAUCUAUAAUGCCUUCAUCAGCAAAAGAAUUCUUGCCAUCUGCAUCUCCUCACAAGAAGACUCCAUCUCAAGCUUUGCGAUCACUCUGCAGCCCUCCCAUGGGACUGGAGAGUCCCAUGUCAAAUGCUCUAAAUGCAACUGUGGAAUCAGACAUGUCUGCUUGCAAGAAUGGCAAAAGAAGAUAGACAAGAAUCAGGGACUGCGGGCGAGGUCUGGUGCCCGAGAAAAGACUGGUGUCAGAGGCGGUGGAAGUCGGUCAUUGGAGGGAGAUCCCAAACACAGCCAGUGGUCUGGGGGCUUAGUGAAGGAGAAACCCAACAGAGUUGUGACAGUGGUGCCACCUGGUGAGAUAGAGCGCUUGCUCAAUCUUGCCAAGAAUGUGGUAUCGCCCAUCUCUUUGGAUAUUAGCACAGGGAGUCAGCCUUCCCCUCAGUCACCUGUCUCUCAGCCUUCACCUCGUCUCAGUUCUGUGGGGGUUUCCAGUUCAGCUUCGAGCACAUCGGCAUCAUCCCCUGCAACGCUGAUGGCAGGUCUGUCCCCUGUAUCAGCAUCACCAUCCUCACCAUCCAAUUCUGUUUCUUCUCGUCAGGCAACCCCCAUUAACAGACCUUCCUCUUCCCUUCCAGGAUCUCCACGUCCAUUCACAAUUCCUAUGCCUCCUCUCAUUCCAGCUGCAGAGGCCUUUGCACCCCCUCAUAUGCCGGCAUGGCAGAUAUCAUCUUCUUCGUCAUCAUCUUCUUCUUCAUUGGAUGAGGGUGACAUGGCACCUAUUGAUCUGACAAAGCCAGAUAAGCGGGUGCCAUUACAGGAGCCAUCUCCAUUUGCAGUUCAUGGUGGCCAGGUUACUGGUGACAGACUUUGCAGUCCCAAGCGUUCUGAUGCCACCAUGGCAGGCUCAGGAAUUCAAACCCAGGUUCCUCGAAGACUAGCCUCCAACGAGCAGAUCGAGAAAGAGAGGGGUAAUGGUGCCAGUAAAAAUUACAUAGAAGUACUAGACCAUGCAAACAGAUCUACAGCUCCUGCAUCAAUUCAAGGAGCUCCCCAGUCACUGUCCUUUCCUCAUCAUCCUCAUACAGUUACAAUGGCCCAAGAUAGUUUGACGCCACAUGCAACAGCAAAGGCAAGUAUGUGCUCGCUUCCUCUUUCGGCUGUUCAAACGCCUGUGUCCCACGAAGAAGCGGCUCUGCGGGGACCAUUGUCCAUAAGAGCAGUGACUUCACAGCAAAGACCACUGCUGCAUGCUUCAAUGACUUCACCAAAGAUCAUGUCUCAGAAUGUUGUCCGUCUACCACAGAAUGUGAUCACACCAACUCUUUUGGAAUCUCUGCAACCUGGAGUGAACCCACAUGUCAUAGCAGCACCACAGAGCAUCAGGUCACCAUUGGCUGCACAACAUCAAAACCCACCACCUUUUAUGCCAAAUGCACCUUCUCUGAAUUCUGUGGCACUCUACAGUAGAGCCCCUAGUGCAUCUCACACAACUUUACCCAACUUUCUCAUAGACCCCAAAACUGGGCCAGACGUAUCAUCCCUAGGGAGCACCCAGAGUUUGGCCAAAAGUGACCCCAUUCGGGCAUCUCCUCUAGGAGGGUUUCUGUGGCACAGACCACAAGUGUCAGAAGGCUUGAAGGGAAAAGGUACUGAUGUUCAUGACAAUAAUACUCGUGGCUUGUGCAAACCUCUGGAAAGAGAAUCACUAGUGCAGCAUGCUGAUGUUUCACAUCGUCAUGCAAAUAAAGAUCAUGAAAGCAAUGUGAGGUCCAUAGCUGGGGCACACCACCCUGCUUCUACCAGUUAUGGCAACCGAAUCAUUGAUGCUGGUGCAUGUUCAACAGAAGAAGUUGACAGGACAAACGAGUGGAGGCAGAAUUUCAUCAGCGUCUUGCAUCAGACUCGCUCCAGCGUCCCCACCAGCAGCCAUUGGAGUUUGAACCAAUGGAGGCUCAGCCCCUCACUUUGGAUGUCCAGCCUGCGCAACAACAGGAAGGUCAUCCUCGUCGUACAGUUGCCAAGCAGCCGAGGGGCAGGAGGAGAACUGAACCUAAGCGUUCACGUGCCAUGUCCAAAGAAACUUUGUUAACGGCACCAGCACAAACAGUUCCUGGCAAUUCUGUGUCACCUACCUUCCCGCAAGAAGACUGCUGGACUGCAGGAGGGGAGGAAAAUGCUAGUGAGAGACGGUAUGUUCUGAGCAACUUGCCAGCUGACGCAUGCAUGUCAACUCCAGUCAUGGUGCCGAGAGAGAGCAGCUCAAAGAGACGUUCUGUAGGAGCUGUCAAAAAUACAGGACAUCUUACCAACCAAGCCAGUCCUGCAAACAUGGCAGAAAAUGUUGAUGCAAACAGGUCAGCACAAAUGAGGUCUCAAGAUCUCCAGCAGAGAAGAGAAGAAUGUUUUGAUGGGGCAAGGAACGAAAGGGUUGCAGUGGACACAGAUGCAGACAUGAAGGCAGAUUCUGGGGAAGACUUUGUACAGUGUGAUGGUUGCGGCAAGUGCUUCUACAAUGAGGAAGAGAUCCUCAAACAUGAAUGUGAAUCUUCAUAGCCAGUACCACAAACUGCAGUGUUUUGUCCUCACUUUUUGCUGUCUUCCUUGCGUGGCCAGAAAAGACAUUUGGCUGGUUACUGAAUUGAAAAAAAAAACUUGCCUUUGAGAUGAAGAGUAAAUAAGAAAGCAAAGUAUGGCUAAGUGACCAGCAUGUGAAAGAGUCAAAAAACUAAUACAAAAUAAUCACACGAACCUCGAAAGAAGAAAAAUCUACUAUGGAUGCUGACUUUAAGUAGAUUUCCUUUUACAGACAUGGAAAUGUAGAAAAUCUCCCAAGAAAUUUUAAAAUUAUUAACCUUUCAGCUUCUUCUUUGCAGUUCUUGUUAAAGUAAUCAUUAUUUUUCUACUGUUUUGAAGAAUUCCUUCCAAAACAUGACUUUGUAAUUGCUUAAACUUCAUCAUGCUUGUAGUGAGCAGAAGUAGAAAGUUUGGUUUUUAAUGUUUUUGAUGAUGGUCUGUUGACAAUAACAGAGACUCAUAAUAACUACAAAUGAAUUUUUGGAGUCACUUUGUUUCACAGAAUUUGAAAGGCUUUAAGUAAGAAUGUUAAUGUGUUUUUAAUGAAUUAAACUAGUAACAUGAAGGAAGUCCCAUGGCUGCAUUGUCAUAAAGAAGAAAUAAUUUUGGGAUUAGUGGAAAUCAUAAUAUUUUUUUGUGAAAGUAGGUCAUAUGCUGCAUCUUGUUUUUGCAUUUCUGAAUUAUAUGGCAUUUGUAGUUGCAAAAGUUCUGUUGCUCAGUCACAUAGAUCUUCCACGGUAGCUUUUGUUUGCCAUUUGGCAGAGAAAACACUCCCCCACCAAUACUGAAAAGAUGCUAGAAAACCAUAAAAAACAUGGUUUAAAUUUUGAUAAUGUAUCAACACAUUAUUAUACCUACAAAAAUCUUUAUUUUUAUUACAGUGGAAAUCCCAGCUCCUGUGAGAUUUAUUUUUCAGAAGCAGCACUGAAUUUGUCAGGAAAACCUAAUAGGCUAUUUAUGAUAUAGUUCUCUGGGCACCAAUCACUAACCCAGCCGGAUAAAUUAACUAGAGCAUGCGUCGUCUGUUUACAUCCUGUUUACUGUCAGACAAAGUCAUAUAUCACACAGUUUUGUAUAGCAUGCCAUUUAUCUUUGAUUAGCAUGUGCCAUGGCUGCUCUCAAAGGAGAGUAAGCUUAGCCAGAAGGGUGACGCUAGUUUUUCAAGUGAAAUAAUGAUGAGCCAAGCAAGGAAAUGAGUUUGUAGCUGCUUGUUUGCCUACCAGUGCUUGAGAUUUUAUUUAGUACAUGUGUAGCCUCUUAAGGGUUUUUAAAAUAAAUGUUAACCUCCUUAGCAUUAACCCUUAGCAUUAGUUGAGCAUGGAAUUUAAGAUAAAAAUGGUUAAUUUCAAGUGCUACUCAACGCUACAUCUGAAGUCAAAUCAGGGUACCCUCUGUAGAGUUCAACGUAAAUUUUUUUUUUUACAUAAAAUUCUAAGUUGCUUGAUAUUAUUUUCAACUUAAAGUCAACUUCAGCCUUUUGAAAGCAUGAAAUUUUCAAGCAUCUUCCGUUUUGCUUCUUUUUGUGAUGUUGGCUUGUGUGGAAAAUGUUUAUCAGACUAUUAGUUUAUUGAAAGCACACAUCCAUAAGCAUGCACUCUCUCUCACACACUCACCAUAUUUAGUCACAAAGUUAAACUGAUCUCAUUUUACCCAGGUUCCUUGAAUGCUGCCCAUAAUAAUGGAAAAAGUAUGUUAAAAACAUUUUUCUGUAGGAUUUUAUAGUUAAAUAUUUAAUUUCCAGGAUGACAAGAAUGUAUUUUAUUAGCAUCACUUAUAAUUACGAUGGGCAGUGAUACAUACACUUAUUAUCUAUGAAAUAUCGAUAGGAAGAUGACUCAGUUGUGGUUAGGACCCUUACAAAUUUAUUCUUUUUUUCCCUCAUAUUAGAAUUUGUUGCUCUUGUUACAUUCAAAAUGUUAUUAUAAAAGCUUUAGCUAUUGUACCACUGCAAUUUAGACCUUCUCAAAGGACGUUUAUUAGUCUUGAGAAAACUGCUAUAAAUUCCUGUGAUAGUCUCUGUCAGUCGCCUUCUCAGUUUGCUCUUUUUGUGAUUAUGUAUUGUUUGUAAACUUCAACACUACUUGACAGAAAUAUGCAGAAAUAAUUUAAUGUCAGUACAGUCCCCUUAUAAAAGCGACAAGAUGCAAAUUUUCCUAAAACAUGUAAUUUAAUUUACAUUAUCUAUUUUAUGUGUGUGUAUAUACAUGAAGAGUGGUUUCUUUAAAACUUUGAAGUCUUUUCUGAUUGACACUUAUGCUUGCUACUUAUUUUUUUACAUUUUCCAGAUGUGCCAUAAUAAAAAAUGUAAAGCAUUUUUAUUAUUUUUGAACUUAUUGUAUAAUAGUGGAAGAGAUAAAGGCCAUAAACAAGACAUUGGGCUGUAAAGUUAGCCAAAGCUGAAAACUUCUGUUGUAUCCCAGCAAUUGUAACAGGAUAUAAUAAUAUUGGCAUUGUAUAUACAUACCAUCUUGCUUAUCAUAUAAGCAUAGCUUAUUAAUAUAUUGAAGGUAUUUGUAUUUUUGACUAAGAUCUCUAGAAUGACUGUGUAUAUGCUUUAUGAUGAAAUAAUAUGUAAUUUGUUACUUACAUUCAGAGCCAUUGUAAUCUGUUUACUUCAUCAACAUGUUCAGGAAUUCCCCUUUGUUUUAAAAUCUUUAGUCUGUGAUUUUUUUUCUUAAUAUAAACAUUUUCAAGGCUGUGGGGAAAGAAAAGAUGUUACAUUUUUCUUAUAGAUUUAUGUUAUUGUUAUAAAAAAAAUACAUUGAUUGACUGUAUUUAUGAAGUUUGAAAAAUGUUCAGGGAAGGAAGUCUUAUUAUCUCCCUUGGCAAUAGUGUUGUGCGCAUGAUUGAAAUUUUAUUAUGAAAAAAAUUGCGAUGAAUGCUUAAUCAGUACAUAAUGCUUGAGGUUUCAUUCAUGGAAUUUUCAAGAUCCAUGAUGCAAGAUUCUGACGUGCUUAAAGUUAACCAGCCAUAUAACUGUUUGCAAAAAGUUGAUGUAAAUAAAUUCAGUUUAGGCAAUAAGAGAGAAGAUACAGGAAAAUUGUAUGUAUGAACUGCAGAAACUCACUUUCCAUAUAAGUAAAGUUAAUGUUCGUCAGUCUUCCUAUAGCAUAAACAGCAUAGAUAAAUCAAAUUAACUGAAUUAAAGGUGUUAUAGUACACAGGCACAUGUAGCAGCUACAUAAUUUCAUAUAAUGUUUCCCAUUCUAAUGCAUAAAAGAUACAAAGGGAAAAAAAGGGCCUUUGGGUGCUUGUACAGAGUUGUGAGAUUAGUAAUGGCUAAUAAGUUUCAGCUGCUGAUAUUCAUAUCCCAUUAACAUGAUUACCUUAUUUACACAUUUAUCAGUGUUCCUUGUAGUCGCUGUGUGAAGCAAAACCUGAAGAAAAGGCCACAUAUCAUGUUAAUGAACUUUUGAAUUUGGCAAAAAAAAGUAGAACACAUGGAGAGUGAAUCUUCAAGAGGUGUAGUCUGCUAUGAUGGCAUCGGGGAUGUUGAUUUCUAAGUUGAAACAAACUGUGUACAAAAUAUGUAUACAUAAUUACAGCAUCAUGUUUUGUAGUCUCAGGGUUUCUAUGCUGCAUUCCAUUUAUUUUCAGAGUCUACAGUGUUUGAAUGUACAUAGUGUUUAUUUGUAUUGACAUGGUUGUUAACAUCCUCUUUUCAAACCUGUCAUGAAAGAAAUCAAUAGAAUAUUAUUUGUUUUCUGCACACAUGUCACCUUCCCUCUGCUUAAUGUCUCCUACCUAAAUAAUUAUGUCAAAGUAUUUUGUGUAAACACCUUCGUGUACAUACAAAUGGUCUGACUCUUCAUACAAGUUUUUUCUCCUUGACCUCCCCUCUUCCAUCCCUCCCAAUAGCCUGUAUUACCACCAGUUUGACUGACUAUGACUAAGCAUGUCGUUAAAGAACGAUGUUGUCGUUGACAGUGGGAUAGUUUAAAGUGCUUUCUAUGUGGCAUUUUCAUGUUUUAUUUGUCUUCUAUGACUUGUUUUGCCAUGAUAUAGCCCUAGUUGCUGGCACGGCAUUAAAUACAAAGAAACUAUGACUUGUUAGUAGCAUUCAUCAGCCAGUAACUCCCUUUGUUUACUGUGGCACUGACAAGCUUGGGGAUCCUCAUAACGGGUGGAUCCUUUCUGUCAUUCUUUCUCAUAGUAUAUGCUUUUUAGCAAAAAUACAUAGGUGUUAUUAUUUCCUUUCAGACUCGUAAUUUAAUUCUAUUUUUAUUAUGGGCAGCAGUGGCUAAAUUUCUGAAUUAUGGUGAUAUGAGAAAGGGGAAUCUGGUUUCAGUGACUGCUUGCUUUCUUCAUCCUUUUAGUGGUGUUGUCUCCUCUGCGAUGUCUGUUUUACAGACAGUUUUGGGGCAGUGGCGGAACACUUUUGGCAUUUUAAUUGAGUGGUGGUAGUACUAUAACUUAUCGUAUAGUUGCAUACAAGUGGGUUUUGAAGAUGUCAUUAAAGAGUUUAAUAUCUGCCUUAUAUACUGCAUACACAGAUCAUUUUUAACUGGGAAGCGUUUCUACAAUGCUUAGAAUCUACCUUUAGAAGUGGCAUUUUGCGAAUGUUUGUCCCAUGUGAUUGUUCUAAAGCGAUUGGUCUUCUUGUUACAGAUACUCCUGAAGUCCCAGUUUUAUAGUUAACAUUGUUGGUGUAUGGCAUGUUUUAUACAAACAUUUUAUAAAUAUGUGGGCAUUAUUCAAUGAAACCUUUACUCUUUAUUUGUUCAUACUGCUGCUUUAGCUCUGAUGUUAACACAUUGAUUUAAAGAGGCUAUGCGCAGUUUGGUUUAUGAACAAUUGAUCUACACAAUUCUAGAUGACAGAUUUGUGAUUGUAACACAUCCUAAACACCUACUAUAUAUGAGUAAAGACAAAAUUACCUCAUAAUUUUUUACUUUUCAUGAUUUUUGCUGCAGAAGAAACAAGUAAAACUGCACCUUUUUUUUUUCUUCUGUGAAAUACUUUGCAUGGAAUGAUUCUGUUGGUGCAUUUCUUUUUAAACACUCAUAUAGUGAUUUAGUAAGAAGAUACACCUAAGCCUUGCUACACAAUACAGCUUGUUGUAGUGGAUAUUGUAUUGUCUGAAUGGCUGUCUACUAGCAGAGUGAAGGAGUGUACAAGUGAUUAUCCUUAACAAUUGCUUGUAACUUGUACAGUUUACAGUGCAGAGUGUUGCACUUUUAUAGGUCACAUCAACUCCAUACUGUGCUGCAUGAAUCAAUCCCUAGAGCAGUCUGGAAGUUCAGACAUAGAAAUGAAAGAAAGAAAUUCUCAAAAAUCCUGAAACCAUUUCCUGUAAUGGUCUCUGUAGACCAUCAUAUAAAGUGUAAAAGGAGACAGAAUGCAAAAAUCCAAAGUACAGUGUAAACAAAACAUUAAAAAGAUUCCAUGUAAAUUUGUCUAAUUCUUUUUCUCUCUCAUUUGUGUUUGUGUGUGUGUGUUAUUCCAACAUUAUUUUACCAAUAGAUGUGGGGAGCGGUUAACCUUCAGCUUAGCACAACAUUGUUCAGAACCUCAAAGCAUGCCAACUAGCCAGGUCAGAUACCCAUUUGACAUAGCUCAAUCAACUUCCCUCUAAUUGCUGCAGUCUUUGAAUUCUGCAGAGGGUUGGGGAAGGUAAGGCACUGUGCAAGAGAUGGGCACAGCCCUCGCAAAAUCUGCCCAUCUCUUUCAACAUCUCAUGACAUUAUAGUUAGGUUGUUACAUUGUUUUCAGAAACCUGCAAAAGGAUAGUGAUCUUCAAAGUUACAGUGAGUUUGAAUGUUCACUUUUUAAAAAAAAAUUGAAGUCUUUCUGUAAACUUCAUUGGCAGCAUAUUAUAGCUUAGCAUAGUAUGAGAAACAUUGUUUCCAUGAUGAUGCUGAGCUACUAAGCAGACCUCUUAACUCCUGUUGCUUUCAGAUGCUGCAGAUUUGUAACUAUGCAGAAUAUUUUUUAUUGAUUCUGUGUGCAUACUACUCAAUACAAUUGCUUUUCACA